CAGUUAGCAAAGAUUCAAAAUUACCAAGCAUGGAUUCAAAACCCUUGAAGAUUAUGAGCUAUAAUGUCUGGUUUAGAGAAGACUUGGAACUUGAAAGUAGGAUGAGAGCCCUUGGAAGCCUCAUUCGUCAACAUUCUCCAGAUGUCAUAUGUUUCCAGGAGGUUACCCCCAAUAUAUAUGAGAUUUUUCAGAAGUUCAACUGGUGGAAAGCUUAUAGCUGCUCUGUUUCACUUGAAAUGGCAUUGACAAAAGGCUAUUUCUGUAUGCAGAUGAGCAAACUGACACCGAAAUCCUACAGCAAAAAUCCAUUUCUUAACUCCAAAAUGGGUCGAGAACUUUGCUUAGCCGAGCUCGAGAUCAAGCCUGAUUUGUCUUUACUGAUUGCCACCUCUCAUCUGGAAAGUCCUUGCCCUGGACCACCCAAAUGGGAUCAAAUGUAUAGCAAGGAAAGAGUUCAACAGGCAAAAGAAGCCAUGAACAUCCUUAAAGAAUAUCCUAAUGCCAUUUUCUGUGGAGACAUGAACUGGGAAGAUGAGUUGGAUGGUCAUUUUCCUUUUCCUAAUGAUGGAUGGUUUGAUGCUUGGGAAAUGCUAAGGCCAGGUGAAAAUGGAUGGACUUACGAUACUAAAUCGAACAAGAUGUUGUCGCGUAAUUGGACCCUUCAGAGGCGGUUGGAUCGUUUUGUAUGCUGCCUGAAGGAUUUUGAAGUUAGUGGAAUCGAAAUGAUCGGUUUGGAGGCAAUACCCGGUUUGACUUAUUUAAAGGAGAAGAAAAUUAGAGGGGAAGUGUGUGAAUUCAAGCUGCCUGUCUUGCCCAGCGAUCAUUAUGGUUUGAUCCUAACAAUCAGCUUGAAGUAGCUUCAGCUCUAUUGCAAAAACUACCCUUUGUAAGCAACUUUUGUUGGAUUUUUUUUGUUAUGUUUAUGUUG